AUGGCUCAAUGCACUCCUCCCAAAAACUCAGGAUGGACAUUCUGUCCGAGCCUCGCAGCCUCCGCUCUAUUCACAGUCCUAUACGGAUUGAGCGCCCUCCUCCAUCUCUAUCUCAGUUUCAAAACACGCAAGAAAUUCUGCUGGGUCAUAACAAUGGGCGCCGCCUGGCUAACCGUCGGAUUCGCCCUGCGUACGAAAGCAGCACACCACAUUAGUGGGAUCGGCGACUUUAUCCCACAGAGCAUAAUCAUCUUCCUAGGGCCCCUCUGGCUCAACGGGUUCGUGUACAUGGUCCUAGGCCGGAUGGUGCACAUGCUGCUCGAGCGAGACCGGGUGUACAAUAUCGGGGCGCGCAGGUUGACGCUCAUCUUUGUCAUUCUGGAUAUCGUCGCUUUCUUCGUGCAGGCUUCGUCUAGUGGUCCGAUGAGCGAUGAUGAUCCAGAUAAAGCCCAGACGGGCGUCUAUAUCAUGAUGGCCGGUGUUGCCAUCCAACAAGCCUUCAUAACAUUCUUCAUCGUCCUCGCGACCCGAUUCCACUACAAGCUUAUCAUCGGGACGAGUCAUCAACAUACCGUUGCGACUGACAAGCAUACCGCCGUGAGGCCGGUUAUAUAUACCGUCCCUUGGCGCCGACUGCUGUAUGCACUUUAUAUAACGCUGGUGCUGAUUACAAUUCGGAAUAUAUUUCGUUUGAUUGAGUUUUCGGACGGGGUUCACGGGUAUAUUGCUGUUCACGAGGCGUUCUUUUACUCGCUGGAUGCGUUGCCUAUCUUCUGUGGACUUGUUGUGCUUGCUGUUGUGCAUCCUUCUUGUGUGCUGCAGGGACCGGAUAGUGAGUUUCCGCCGAGGGAGAAAAAGAAGGAUAAGAAGGAGAGGAAGAGGCGAAGACGCAGGAGUCGUGGGAAAGAGAGGGAGGAAGAAGCCAAGGAGCUCGCUGAGGGUCGAAGGAGUGAUACCAAUGUGUUUGUCUCGCAGGUGUGA